AUGAGGACCUCAAUUAUUGCCUUUGGCGCUCUCGCCGGGCUAGCCUCAGCCAACAUCACCUUCAACUGGGUCAACCCUGUCUGCGAUGUCAACACUCCCAACCGCUGCUUGACUGGACAGCACUGUGGCGACGGGAACAAUUGCGUUGCCGACAUCAAGAGCGAUCACUCCAAGAUCUCUUCUUCUCACCGCCGUACUGUCCCCGAGAAGAGGCAGGCCAAGUACUCUCAGGACGGCCAGUGCGGUCCUGCCCACGGAAACCUGCUUUGCGACCCCAACAGCACAGUCUACAGCGGUUCAUGCUGCUCGCAGUACGGAUGGUGUGGUAACACCCCCGCUCAUUGCGGAACUGGCUGCUUGUCUGGCUGUGACAACACUCCCGCUACGCCGGUUGCCACCAAGGCUGCUGCUGUCCCUGCUAGGGACGACGGUCGCUGCGGAAAGGACUUCGGCGGCGCCACUUGCGAUGCCAACGGCGCUUAUGGCGGCUGCUGCAGCUCUUACGGAUACUGUGGUUCCACUGACGGUCACUGCCUCGUCGCUGAUGGUUGUCAGAGCGGCUGCAAGGAUGCUACCGCCACCACUACCGCUGUUGUCACCCCUGCUGUCUCUCGUCCUCCUUCCACUACUAGCUCCGGCGAGCCCGUCUUGGGCAAGCCAUCGAGCGUAGACGUUGCUCCUGCCACACCCACUGGCAUCCAGACCACCGAUGGAAGCUGCGGUGCCACUUUCAGUGAUACCAUCUGCGGAACCUGGGCUCAGGGAUCUUGCUGCUCUAUGUACGGAUACUGUGGUAACACCACUGCUCACUGCGGUGAGGGUUGCCAGUCUGGUCCUUGUGUCAACACGCCUGCUGUUGCUGCGCCCAAGGCUAGCCCUGCUCCCGCCGCCGCUGUUCCUGGUACCAUUCAGAUCACGGGUCGUUCCGGUGUACCUGCCAUGCACGCUGGUCUCAUGCCUAACGGUAAGGUCGUUUUCCUCGACAAGGUCGAGAACUACACUGAGCUCAAGCUUGCCAACGGCCAGUACGCUUACUCCUCGGAGUAUGACCCCAACACUCAGAAGCUCACUCCUCUGGCUUACAAGACCAAUGCCUUCUGCUCUGGUGGUAUCUUCCUUGCUGACGGACGCUUUAUCUCCGUUGGUGGUAACGCUCCUCUUGAAUUCAUAGACCCCACUGUUGGUGAUGGUUUCAAGAGUAUCCGCUUCCUCCAGCGCUCUGCUGAUGAUGCUUCCCUUGACGGUCAGGCUUGGAGCGAGCCAGGCACACAGCUUAGCACUGCCCGUUGGUACGCCUCUGUUCAGAUCAUGCCCAACAACGAGAUCUUCGUGGCUUCCGGCUCCUUGAACGGUCUUGACCCCACCAAGCCCGAGAACAACAACCCUACCUACGAGAUCCUCAACGCCGACGGUACUGCUCAGGGCAAAUCCACCAACAUGGAGAUUCUCAACAAGAACCAGCCUUACUACAUGUACCCUUUCCUCCACUUGAUGAAGGAUGGCAACCUGUUCGUCCAGGUCGCCAAGUCCGCUGAGAUCUUCAACGUAGCUACCGGCAACGUUGUCCGUACUCUUCCUGACCUCCCCGGUACCUACCGUUCCUACCCAAACACCGGUGGAUCCGUCAUGAUGCCCCUUACCAGCGCCAAUCAGUGGAACCCUGAUAUCAUCAUCUGCGGUGGUGGACCUUACCAGGACAUCACUGCCCCUGGUGACCCAUCGUGCGGUCGCAUGAAGCCUCUCGAUGCCAACCCUACCUGGGAGAUGGACUCCAUGCCCGAAGGCCGCGGCAUGGUUGAGGGAACUAUCCUUGCUGAUGGUACCAUCGCCUGGGUCAACGGUGCUCAGGAGGGUGCUCAAGGUUUCGGUGUUGCCCAGGACCCUGCUCUCGAGGUGCUCCUGUACGACCCCAACCAGGCCAAGGGUAAGCGCUUCACCACUGGUCCUAAGUCGACCAUUGCCCGCCUAUACCACAGUGUUGCCCUUCUCCUUCUCGACGGUACUCUCCUCAUCUCUGGAUCCAACCCCGUCGAGCAGCCCAUCCUCCAGCCUACUGCUAAGGAUCCCUACGUCACUGAGUUCCGCAACGAGAUCUACACUCCCCCCUACCUCGUCGGCAACCCUACCCGUCCUUCUGCUGUACAGAUCUCCACCAAGGCUCUUAAGGCUGAUGGAUCUACGUUCACCAUCAAGUUCAACGCCCCUGCCAACGGCAAGGCUGUCAAGGUCCACCUCUACUACGGUGGCUUCGUCACCCAUUCCCUCCACAUGGGUCACCGCUCCUUGUUCCUUGACAACACUGGCUUCCAGGCCGGUGCUACCGCUCAGACCGUCACCGUCACCAUGCCUCCGAACAGGGCCAUUGCGCCUGCCGGUCCUUACGUCAUCUACGUUCUUGUUGACGGUAUCCCUGCUAUGGGUCAAUUCGUCAACGUCUCUGUUAUCUUCCUGGAGGAGCUCGGUAUACCCUACAAGACCACAUCGAUCGACCUCGGCGCCGAAGACCAAAAGAGGCCCGAUUUUCUCAAGAUCAACCCUAACGGACGCAUACCAGCCAUUGUUGACCACAGCCGCAACUCUUUCCCUGUCUUUGAGUCAGGUGCAAUCUUUCUGUACCUGGCGGAGCAUUACGACAAGGACUUCAAGUUCUCUUUCCAGGACACGGAUGAGAAGAGCGAGAUGCUGCAAUGGCUCUUCUUCCAGAACGCUGGUGUGGGCCCGAUCCAAGGCCAAGCGAACCACUUUUUCCGUUAUGCGCCCGAGAAGAUCCAGUACGGCAUCGAUAGAUACCAGAAUGAGACCAAAAGACUGUACUCUGUACUAGAAGAGAGGCUCGAGAACAAGCAUUACUUGGUCGGUAAGGGGAAGGGGAAGUACAGUGUUGCUGAUAUCAGCACGUUCGCGUGGGUGCGCUGGGGACCAUGGGCUGGCAUCAAUUUGGACGAUUUCCCGAACCUCGAGAAGUGGGCAGAGAAGAUCGAGGAGCGCGAAGCGGUUAAGAAGGGACUGUUGGUGCCGAAUGGUGAUGAUCAGAUUGUGAGGCUCAGAAAGGAUCCGAAUGUGGAGGACCCGUUCAAGGGAUGGGUAAUGAAGGGGCAGAAUGAGAUCAAGGAGAAGCAUGGUCAGUAG